UGGUCUGUCUGUGUCAUGGUGUGUGUGUCUGUCAUUAGGCACACAUUAAGCUGUGUGUGUGUGCUCCUGCUAGUGAGUGGGCUUGCUUGCAUGUGUGUGUGUGUGUGCCUACUAGUGAGUGAGCUUGUGUUUUUAAGUCAAUGAGCUUCUGUAUAUCAGUGAGAUUGUUUGUCUAUGAGGCUGUGUAUCAAUGAGCUUGUGUGUGUCAGUGAGAUUGUCUGUGUCUGCAUGUGAGUAUGCUUACUGUAUAAUUAAACAUUUUACUCUGAAAAUAUUUUAUAUUAGAAAAAGCAAUAAAUAUAUAUAUAUAUAUCUCAUCUGGGGUGGCAAGACAUAGCCUUACAUAUUACAUGCGACAAUAUAUGGCGCAAUGACUUAUGGGGCUGGCAUGGAUUUUUUUUCCAGGGCUGCUUUGUAUCCCCAGUCCGGCCCUGCAUGUGUGAGAGAUAUAAUUGAAGGGAUAUGAUCAUCCUCAAUGGACACUGAUUAGACUGUGUUCUGUUAAGGUAUCUAUUUUAUUUUCUUGGAAUUAUUUGUUGAACUAUUUUGUUUAAUUGAUUUUCGUGUAUUUAUAAUACUACAUACCUCUUAGAUAAUUUGGAACUACGUGUACUUUCUGACUGUGAUAUUUUUAAUGCAGCUUACCUUGUAUGUUUAUUAUUUCAUGAUAAACAGGUAGUGGGUUCCCUAUUAAGCAGCAGUUGUAACCUUCUGAAUCUUAUAGCGUAUUGCAUGGUUAUUUCAGCUAUACUUUAUGUUGAUGGAAAUAAUAUUAUUCUUUUGUGUCAGGAUUUUAGUCAUAAAUGAUUACAGUUCUUAGCUGGAAGAUGUAGUGGCACCACUUCAUACAGUGCACAGGAGCCUGCACAUCUCAAGUUAUUUAGUGAUGUUGAAUAGUAGUUGUACAGAGCAUGAAAAGAUGGAUUCACUUGCUACAGGACAUUAUAAGGCUACAAUGGCAAAUGUAUUUUCUAUAGAAGGCCAUUAUGGUUACAUACUAUACAGCUCAAUUUCUUAGAGGCUGAUAACAAAAAAAGUUAGCUCCCCGAAAAUGACAUUAGUACAAUUACAAUUAGUCAUUACACAAUUAGGUAUACAAGCAUAGAAAAUGCUCAUGGUGAAAUUUCCAUGGAGAAACAUAGAAACAGCAAUGGGGAAUGGUAUAUAGUAUAUAGACUAAGCAUAGUAUACAGAGAAAGAUAUAGGGCUGGCAUAUCUCCAUAAAUUUACUACUUUCUACUGACGGGCCACUAUCAUAACUGUUUCUACUUUUAGCAAGUAGUAACUGUUUAACAGCUGCCAGUUUUACAAGUAGCAACAGAAAGUUACUGGCAACUGUUAUAAAAAGCCAGUCACUAUCAGCUUCCAUUAGUCUCUGUGGAUAUAACUUCAUAAUUGAUUCCAACCCUGUCGUUAUUUUACUAGCUACCGUUUAAGGGACACUAUAGGCACCAAGGCCACUUCAGCACAUUGAAGUGGUCUGGGUACAGUGUCCCUAUUGCACUUAGUGCUGCAAUGUUAAACAUUGCAGUUCCAGAUCGCACCUUUGGUCCGGGACAUCCUAAUGCUCUACAUAAGGACAUCCAGCAUCAGAUUUUUCCCCGUAGAAAAGCAUUGAUUCAGUGCGGUAUUUGCAGCGCAUGUGCAUUAGCACCCGCUCGUUGGGGACGUCGGUGGAGGCUGAGCAACAAUCCAACUUAAAAGAACAUUGGUGCUGGGAUCAGGCAAGUUAAUAAAGGGUUUUUAACUCUUUAUUCACACAGGUGGGGGAGGGGGCACAAAGAAGGGUUUAGGCAGAAGGUGCUUAAGUGCCAGCUUUGUAUUCCUGGCACUUAUUGUCUUCAAAUUGAUUAAUUGAUAACAAGGGCAAUCUCGCUGUUGGUAAAUUAGUGAUGAUAGAUCUUAAUUUCCCUUUGAUGAACACAGGAAUUCUGUGGCACACCUAGUAUUAUCCUCAAUUUAAUGUAAUAAAGUUUUCAAAUGACCACAAUCUGUUAGAAAAAAACUUUUCAAAUGAUUUAUCUUGAAAAAUUUCCAUAUACUUACAGGCUUCUGUAGAUGGAUCAUUUGAAACAUUUUUCUAACAAUCUAGCAGAUUGUGUUAAUUUAAAAAGAUUUUGCAAAAUAAUUAAAUUGAGGCCUAUGUUUGUAUUUUUUUAGAAUUGUUUUCUGCAUAUUGUACAAAUUACCCAUUUGUAUAUAAUAAUUAGUUUUACUUUUUUCUCUCAAAAAUAUGUUAUAGCAAAUUGUGUAUCAAACAUUUUCUACGUGCCAGUCUAAGCUGGUUUCUGUUGUUUAAGUUAAUGAAUAAUUUAUAAUAUUUUUAAACAUUCUCACAACUCUCCAUUAUUUUCUGCAAAGAAUGAAUGAGGGAAAAAUUCAGAAUUUUAAAUAAUUAUAAUUAGUUUCUCUGAACAGCAUAUAUUACACAUUCAUGUUUUGACCCAACUUCAUGUUCCAGGAAUGCAUUAUAUGUUUCAAAUAAACACUGUGAUUUAUUUUUCCUACAAUAAAAUUUAGACAGUGACAGGGUUAAAAACCUCUGCAGGGUUGAUGCAAAAUAUCACUGCAGCAUGGAUUCAAGUUAUUUGCUACAAAUAAAAAUGAUAAAUAGACAUAGCCAUUUGCUUUAAUGAAUAUCUAACAAUGCCCCAGCAGGGACACUAGUCUGAAAUGUCAGAAAACCAGCAAUUAUGAAUUAAUCGGCAAUUAUGUCAUGUUUGUGUUACAUUGUCGUCAGGAUUAAUUUAGAAAUUACAAUGUGGCUGGGGACGUGAUAAUGGCAGAAUGUUAAGUUUAUUUGACAAGAUUUUUUUUAAGUAAUAAAAAAACGCAAAUGGGAAACUGUAAAUUCUUUUUUUCUUUUUUUCUUUUAUUUAAAUUUUUGGGUAAUUCAAUUUAUAAUAAAAAUAGCACAUUCUCAGAUUAUAUAGUGCAUUUGUCUGUUUUGAAGUGGUGCCAAUUUACAUGAAGUUAAGUUUUGCUGAUUGCAGGAUAUUUUUUCUAUUUCUUAUGAGGUGUUAUUUCUCUUUCUGCUUUCUUUCCUUCUACUUUUUAUUAUUGUUUUAUUUAUUUAUUAUAAGUCUUUGUCCAAAGCUGGUGGAGAUGCCUUAAAGGACCACUCUAGGCACCCAGACCACUUCAGCUUAAUGAAGUGGUCUGGGUGCCUGGUCCCUCUAGGGUUAGCCCAUUUUUUUCAUAAACAUAGCAGUUUCAGAGAAACUGCUAUGUUUAUGAAUGGGUUAAGCCUUCCCCCAAAGCCUCUAGCGGCUGUCUCAUUGACAGCCACUAGAGGCGCUUGCGUGCUUCUCAUUGUGAUUUUCACAGUGGGAGCACGCCAGCGUCCAUAGGAAAGCAUUAUGAAUGCUUUCCUAUGUGACCGGCUGAAUGCGUGCGCAGCUCUUGCCGCGCGUGCGCAUUCAGCCGACGGGGAGGAGAAGAGGAGGAUCGGAGGAGGAGAGCUCUCCGCCCAGCACUAGAAAAAGGUAAGUUUUAACACCUUUCCCCCUUCCAGAGCUGGGCGGGAGGGGGACCCUGAGGGUGGGGGCACCCUCAGGGCACUAUAGUGCCAGGAAAACAAGUAUGUUUUCCUGGCACUAUAGUGGUCCUUUAAGAAGUUGAACAUCUUAGUUGAUUUUUCGAUUUAGGUUCACCAAUCUGGCUAUUUUAUUUUAUUUAGUUUUACAAUUUUUAAUUUCCAACCAAGAAGAACAUAUUUAUAAUAUGCUUCACUAUAGAGUACACUUUGCCCCAUCACAACCUUUACAGAUAGUGAAGGGUAUUUGGGGUAUAUAUAUGAUUCAACCUUUUUAAUCUAUUUGGAGACCUGGUUUGCAGCUCUCCCCACCCAUAAUCUGGUUUUUGUUAAGGACCUAAAUAAGACCCUUACUUGGAUAUAUCUGUCUCAGUCUGGUUACUCUCCUUCCAACUACAAACCCAUGAAACAAUGUUUAUGUUUCUAAAUAUAUUUGAUACUUUGAGAUUUAUCCACUGUAGAAUAAGGGGAAAUAGAUUGUAUUUAUUCCCUAAUUAUAUGGAUUCAAUAUUGGAUUAUGUUUUAUUCUAUCAACACUUUGUCCAGGGUCUGUCUUAUCCUAACAUGCAGAAAAUCAUGUGGUCAAACCACAUGAUAGCUGUUGAUGUGGGUGAGGGAUCUCAAAUAAUUCCAUACGGCUUCUGCUGGUCCAUAGCUAUCAGUUAAUGGAGGUGAGGGGUCGACUUAACUAUUUUUAUCACAAAAAUGUUUACAAGACUGCCAUAUAAUUGAUGUAUUCUAUGUAUACUUCGCCUUUAAAUUAAAUACAACAGUGCAGUAUGCAUGACCUUUUAUGCUUGCCAAUUGUCUAUUACGGAAAUAUAUCUGUGUAUACCGCUGCAAUUUGUAUACUCCCUGCUGCACUGUCAAAAAUAAAGAAUUUAAAAAAAAAUCUAAAAUAAAUGUUUACAACCAGUCCAGUGGUCCAAAAAUAAAAAAAUAAACCCUAAACAGAUUUUGUCUGAAUUUCAGCAUUAUUAUGUAGGAUCGAUGGAAAACAGGAAAUAUUUCUCUGUCUCGUAAUUCUGUUUAGAACCAUUAAUACAGUCCACUCAGUCAGGACAACAGGACUGCAAGUUAUGUUUUUAUUAUUGGACGCAUAAUAAGCCCUUGACGGAGGAGACUGGCAAUAUCUGUGUGAGACAUUGGAAGUAGUGGGUCUUAGAGACAGCUUUUUAAUGGGGAAUUAGGAGCUCUAUCCCAAUCCUAGGACAAGAGUAGAUAAGGGAGAUAAGCCAUAACUUGUACAUUUGCAAUAUGUGGUAGCAUCCACCAAGAUGUUCACAGACAUUGAUUUUAUUUGGAAUGUCUGCAGAACCCUUAGCUAAAAUGCUAAGAAACAUUUUUGGAUAUUAAGCAGUUGGAGGUGGUGAGGGUUUGAGUGUGAUCUAAGUUUAUUCACAGAUGAUCAGUAAACUUGAGAGUAGUGUACCUAAAAACUGGGAGAAAAUAGCGUAUGCCUGUACUACAUAAUAACCAUAAGGAAUAUGAAGAUAAGAGGCACAAGUAAAGAGACAAAAAGGUCAAAAAACAAGAAAAAAUUUAUUGUGUACUAAAUAGUAUCGAAAAAAUAAUAACAACAACCCAAAAGUGCUAAAUCAAAAAAAAUCACUAAAAACAAAAAAAGAUACAAUGUUAAUUAACUUGAAUAGACUCUAAUCUCUUGAAUGGUAUAGGAGUAAUAAGCGACAGGACACGUCUGUGCUGCUUGGGAAAGACGUUUAGCUGGUAAUAGUCAUAAUUGUGGGAGAGUGAUGGAAUGUAAAAGAGUGGUCUAGGUGCAGAAAGUAUACCGGACAAAUGGCUCAAAGAACAGUCUGCGAUUGUCAAGAUGGAGACCGCAGGUCCUAACAUAUAAUUGUUAGAUAAGCAUAAUGUGUGUAAUGCCUAAUGAUAAUGACACAGUUCUACAUGUAUAGUAAUGGAGCCUGCAAGUGUAUAAAUAGCGGCUCUAAAUCUGUGCCACUGGUAAUAGAGGAUCUAGUAGCGUGCUGUAAUUCUAAUAAGAAGCAGUAACAAAGAGUAUAACAGAUAGAGGCUAUACUUGACUAGUAUGCUAGGCAAUUGGCUCAAAGAGCUGUCUGCGAUUUAUCGGGAUGGAGAUCGCAGGUACAUAUAUACCAGUAGAGCCUGUAAGCAUAUGAAUGCUGUAUACUGUUGGAAGUUUCAAUAUAUAGUAAUUGACAUGUAAGUAAUGUAUAAUGUUAACCAAGCCAAAUACUAUGAAGAACGCUGAAGUGAUAGAAUAGCAGAUCUUAAUCUGUGCCACUGAUAAUGAGUGAUCUAAUGGCGUGCUGUAAUUCUAAUAGAAAGCACCAAAAAAGAGAGUUGGACAGAUAAGACAGUACUUGACUGGUAGCCAAUAAUAUGAGGAUAAUAAAACCGAGAAUAUGGUGCUAGUAGAAAUAAGCAACACGCUAGUGACUUGCCUCUAUACCUACGAGGGUACUAAAGUAGUAACUGGCCUAUGCUGUCAAGAUAAUGAGGACGGAAAUGUAAAGAAUGUUGUAAAUAGCUAGCUGCACUAUCACUGCCAAUACACCUCCCGUGCCUUCGAGGGCACCUAAGUCUAACCCGGCUAGAAAGUAAACUGUGUAAAAAGAAGACAAUUAGAGUUGCUGUCAUCAUCUAAUAAAAAGACGGCAUGUGUAAAGCCCCUGACGCGCGCGCGCAUGCAUUCUGUCAGUCCAUAGGAAAGCAUUCUCAAUGCUUUCCUAUGGACGCUGGAGUCUUCUCACUGUUAAAAUACACAGUGAGAAGCGCGGAAGCGCCUCUACUGGUUGUCAAUGAGACAGCCACUAGAGGCUGGAUUAACCCAUAUGUAAACAUAGCAGUUUCUAUGAAACUGCUAUGUUUACAGCAGGCAGGGUUAAUCCUAGAUGGACUUGGCACCCAGACCACUUCAUUAAGCUGAAGUGGUCUGGGGGCCUAUAGUGGUCCUUUAAAUCACCUUCAUUGGACAUUUUUGCUCCUCUGGGAUUUAUUAUUAACAUUGUCAUUGUGAGUAAUUGGUGCAGUAGAUUUCUUUGAAUGUAUUUUGGGAAGCCUAGUCGGACCCACUAGUCUCCAUGUCACCUUCACAUGUAGGGGAUCAUGGUUAAAGGACCACUAUAGCACCCAGACCACUUCAGCUCAAUGAAGUGGUCUGGGUGCCAGGUCCCCCUAGUUUUAACCCUGCAGCUGUAAACAUAGCAGUUUCAGAGAAACUGCUAUGUUUACAUUAAGGGUUAAUCCAGCCUCUAUGCGAAAUUCGCAUUGAGGACAUGCUGGAUGUCCAUAGGAAAGCAUUGAGUAAUGCGUUUGAAUGGUUUGAAUGCGCGUGCGGCUCUGGUCACGCAUGUGCAUUCGGAGCUGACAACGGCAGAGGGAGGAGAGGUCACCAGCGCCAAGGGAGCCCGGCGCUGGAUGAAGUUGAGUGGCUGAAGGGGUUUCAACCCCUUCAGUCCAGCGGGAGGGGGGCCCUGAGGGAGGGGGGGACCUAAUAACCCUAUAGUGCCAGGAAAACAAGUUUGUUUUCCUGGCACUAUAGUUCUCCUUUAAGCCACAAUGUUUUUUUAAAUUUUCUCAUUGUCUUUUUCUCCUCUCUCCCUUUUUUUUCAAACCUUCACAGGCGUUAGACUUUACAAUUCCAUGUUAUAUUUACUGGUAACUUGAUUCUAUGUUCCAAUAAAAAGGAGUUUAAUAACAUUUUUAACUACAAUAAAAACCUCUUUAGGUAGAAAAUUCCACAUCUUUAUUAUCAUUGCCAUAGGGAACCCUUUCUUUCCCGUUCAUCUUGAUGGGUAACUUCAUAAGCUUCACUAAGUGUCUUAUGUUUAUAUGAUAUGCUUAAGUAGUUUUGUUUUAAAAAAAAAACACACAAAAAACAAAACAUGAUAGUUUAAGGGUUAAACUUCAGAGUUGAAACAGUAUAAUAUUGCAGCAUGGAUUAAAGCUGUUUGGUACAAAUAAAGAUGAUAGACAGGGUGAUUUACUUUAAUGAAUAUCUAACAAUGACUCAGCUGGGACACUAGUUGAAAUGUCAGAACACCGGCAAUUAUAAAUUCAUCAGCAAUUAUGUCAUGUGUGUUUUAUGUUGUAGUCGGGACUAAUUUCAAAAGUUCAGAGUGAUUGGGGACAUGAUAACAACAGAAAUUAUAUUUUGUGAGGUUUGACAAGAUUUUUUAAAUGUAAUAAAACUAUGGAUGCAAAACACAUUUAUGAUUAAACCUAUGUAUAAAACAUUAUCAAUACCUGUGUCAUUAACUUGUAGCAAAGUAUGUGGAAAAAAGUUACAAAUUCAAGCCGACUUGAAAAGCAACCAAUCUUGAGCAGACCAAAGUGUGUGAGAAUUCUUUUAAAUGGUCACUUCAUUUCAGUUUAUCCCCCUUCCCCCCAUAUUGUUUUACAUUUUUUAUGCAUAGAUAGUGUCUCAUGGUGCUACUCACUUGUGUUGUAGGUAACAAGUGAUUGAUUUUUUGAAAAAUGAUUUCAGCCAACUAGGGUAUACCAGCCUUUCUUGAAAUGAAUGAAUGACCUAUAUCUAAUCUAGUGUUGAGAAUGGCUUGUCAUUAUAGUUCCGCUUUGCAAAUAUAAGAUCAUCACUAGUGAUGAUCUCUGGCCAAUCCAUGAGGCAAGGCACAUCUGUGGCAAUCAGUGUUAGAAAGAGCAUCUUUCCAGGUGUCUGAGCGCUGCCAUUCAAUCAUAGUGGCAUGGCGCCACAGCGAUCGGACGCCAGCGGCAGCAUGGGUGUGCCUAUUAGUGGACUCCCUCAGUUGUGACUAGCAGCUGUUUUCAUGCUUCAAAAUCAUAUCAAUUGUGACUGGUAAUUGACAAGACUUUUAAUAUUUCCCAUAGACAAUAAUAGCAGAUUUUUUUUUUUUAUACUAUCUUAUUGUAUUCUUAAUUCUCUUUUUGUUCAUGAUAUCCAAUGUUAUUUUCUACUAUGCCAUUAAUUAUUGUAAUCAUUUCUAUUGUUUUUUUUAUUUUUUAUAUUUUUUUUUAUCUUUUGUCUCCCUAUCCAACCCCCCCAUCUCAAUGCUCACUUUUUUCCCUGCAUGCACUACACACCAAGGCAAGAUGGUAAGAGCUCUCGGUACCCUAACCUUACCUCCAGUUUUCUGUUAAUCCAUUACUUAUUUUCACUGAAUUUCAAGUAAUUAAAUGGAUACUACAGGCACCAAAACAACCUUAGCUUAAUGAAGCAGUUUUAGUGUAUAGAUCAUACAUCUACAGUCUCACUGCUCAGUACUCUGCCAUGAAGGAGUUAAAUCACUUUGUUUAUGCAGCCUUAGUCACAUCUACCUGCUAUGGUGAGAAGUGCAAAUUUUACUUCUUUAUAUUUGAGAUGCUAUUAGCUAAAAUCUAGAACACAUAGGGCAUCUCUAAGGGUGGAAAACUGAGAGGUAGUCUGCAAAACAUGACCUAAAGGUACAAAACCUGUCCAUAUCUUUUGUCGCAAAUAUCUACUGAACAGUUUGCAAUAACUACAGUUGACAACUGAAUUUUAUGACAACAUUGGUUUUUGGGAUACAGUGCUAUCCGCUAAUAAUGGCACCCUUGGUAAAAAUUAGCAGAAAAGGCUAUGGAAAAAAAAUCUUUUUUAUUUAACCUUUUGAUAUUUUGUUUAAAAAUAAACAAACAUGCUCUGCUGUAAUAUAUAUAUCAAACAAUUGCAAACACAACACAGGUUUAUUACAUUUUAAAAAAGGAUCUUUGCUACAUAUGUGUGGCAUAGUUUUUGGCACCGUUUUAGUCAAUACUUUGUGCUACCUCCCUUUACCAAGAUAAUAGCUCUCCUAUAAUGCCUGAUGAGAUUGUAGGAUAUAUGGCAAGGGAUAUGGAGAGAUUCUCCAUGAAGAAGCUCUCCAGAUCUUUAAGAUUUCGAGGUCAACACUGAUGGUCUCUCCUUUUUAGUUCAUCACACAGGUUUUCCAUGGUAUUCAAGUCAAGGGAUAACAUAAGCCAUUGCAGGAACUUGACUUUGUAGUGAAUAAACUAUUUUUGUAUUGGUUUUGAUGUCUGUUUUGGAUUAUUGUCCUGAUGGACGAUCCAACCACGGCCCAUUUUAAGCUUUCUGGCAGAGGCAGUAAGGUCUUCAUUUAAUAUCUGUUGAUAUUUGAUGGAGUCUAUAUCCUAACAAAAUGUCCAUGUCCUCUUGCAGAACAACAGCCCCAAGAUAUUAUAGAGCCAUCACCAUAUUUAACUGUGGACAUGAGGCACUUUUCCAUAUGGCUAAACUCUGUGUGUGCUAAAGUUGAACAAUCCUCUUCACAGUGCAUUGAGGCGAUAUAGACAUAUGUCCUCUUCCAGGACGAUUCAUAGCAUUUCUAGUUGACUGGAACUUCUUAAUUAUUGCCCUGAUGGGGGAAAUGAGCAUUUUAAAAUAUUUUGAUAUUUUCUUAUAACCACUUCCUGUUUUGUGAAGCUCAACAACCUUUUGCCGUGCAUCACAGCUAUAUUCCUUGGUAAUACCCUUUAUGAUGAAUGACUAGGGGAAUUUGGGCUAUGUGUUACCUCAUUGAUACCCUAUGAAACAGGAAGUCAUGGUUGAACAAUUUCCUGUUCCUGGUCACAAAGGUGUCUUAAAAAAUUAAAAUAUCAGUGGGAAUAUACUUCCAAUAUAUAUUUUUCUCUCAUAUGGGUGUUAAUAAUUGUGCCACACAUAUAUUUAUCAAAGAUUUUUUUUAUAAACCUGUAUUGUGUUUGCGCUUGAUGUCCAUGAGAGCAGAGUUUUUUCUGUUUUUUUUUAACAAAAAAUCAAAAGGUUAAACAAUAAAGACAAUUAUUUUACAGCCUUCUUUGCUUAUAUUUACCAAGGGUGCCAAUAUUAGUGGAGAACACUGUAUAUCAUGUGCUUAAAUAAAUGAUACUAUAAUACAAUAUUUUAGCUAUCUCAGUUUUGUCAUAUCAGCAUAGAUUUUGGCCUUUUGGGUCACAGUUGUGUAGCAAAUGCAUAUUUAAAAAUAUAAUAAUAGCAACACUAUGAACACUCUCUGUACUGCCUGACAUCUCAGCUAUUGUGCAGAUAGAAUUUCAGCUUCGUGAAAAGCUUUUAUGCAUAGUUCUUUGUCCAUAGACAGCGGAGGGCUACAUAAAACAAAUUACAGUGUUUUGCAGGUAUUGUCAAUUAUUUAAUCUGCUGCACACUCAUUAUGAUUGCCAAAUCAAUACAUGUUGGCAUAUAGCAAUUGUAGACUAGUUGCUGAAAAGAUCUCAAUCAAUCUAAAAUAUUAUAGUUAAUGUUUGGAGGGGAGCAAUUUUGUUAGCUCAGCAACUGACUCGGCUUGUCCUCAAGUGGCAUGAAGUGGUGAAUAGAACUUGUGGUGUAUGGAUUGAAAACCAUUAUUUCACAUUUUAGGGAAAACAUUUUGUGAGCCUACAAAAGAGUAAUUUUACUUAAUUUUUGUUAAAAAAUACCGUAUAUACUCGAGUGUAAGUCGACCGAAUAUAAGUCGAGACCCCUAAUUUUACCCCCCAAAAAUGGGAAAACUUAUUGACUCGAGUAUAAGACUAGGGUGGGAAAUGCAGCAGCUACUGGUAAAUUUCUAAAUAAAAUUAGAUCCCCAAAAAAUUAUAUUAAUUGAACAUUUAUUUACAGUGUGUGUAUAUAAUGAAUGCAGUGUGUGUGUACGAAUGCAGUUUGUGUAUGAAUGCAGUGUGUGUAUGAGUGCAGUGUGUGUGUAUGAGUGCAGUGUGUGUGUAUGAAUGCAGUGUGUGUAUGUGUAUAUGAUGCAGAGCCUUGGUGGGGGGUGGGCAUUUUUAUUUAUUUUUUUAUAUUAUUAUUAUUUUAAUAUUAUUUUUAUGUUAUUUUAUUUAAUUUAAAUUUUUAUGUUAUUUUUCUUCGUCCCCCCUCCCUGCUUGUUAGCUGGCCAGGGACGGGGGCUCUCAUUCCCUGGUGGUCCAGUGGUGUGCACUGUGUAGGAGGGGGCUGGCAGGAAGCGUUUACUUACCUUUCCUGCAGCUCCUGUCCGCUCCCUUCUCUCUCCUCCGGUCCGGUCAGCUCCCCUGCAAUUCUCGCGGUGUGAGUGCCGCGCGGAGCGUUGCCACGGUUGCCCGUGGCAACGCUCUGACCCCGCGGCUUUUGCGAGACUUGCAGGUGAGCUGACCGGACCGGAGGAGAGAGAAGGGAGCGGACAGGAGCUGCAGGAAAGGUAAGUAAAUGCUUCCUGCCAGCCCCCAACAGGACCCCAGGGCUUGUAAUGAGCCUGGCGGUCCUUGUCUGUAUUAUGGCAAUGUAAGUUGCCAUUAUACAGACACUCACUCGAGUAUAAGAUGAGUGGGGGUUUUUCAGCACAAAAAAUGUGCCGAAAAACUCGUCUUAUACUCGAGUAUAUACGGUAGAUGACAAGAUGAAUUUUAGGUGACAGUUUUAAAAACAUGACGUGGUGAGUCCCCAAAGAGGCUGGGUGCUGAAGCACAAAGAUGUGUCUGUCUUAUUAAGACCAGGAUAGUAGUAUAAUCCAGGAACCAGUAAGCUUUUGUUAUGUUUGAAAAUAUAGUUAAUUAUUUAUUUUUCGAAGGACAAAUAAAGUUUUCCUUUGAUAUCCUAUGUGUAUAUAUAAUAUAUAUGAGAUCUGAUCAAUUAUGCCCCUAUUCUGAAGGUGCUACUGAGCCAAUUUUCCGCAGACGUUUUUUAUUUCUUCAAAGGUUGCUUAGAAAUUAUGUACCAUAUAUGUUUUUUUCCUUUGUUUUAUCAGAUUACAUUUGUUUAAAGAGCAAAAGAUGAAGGUAACAAAGUUACUGUCUGACAGUGUCGGAUUAGAUGCCUAAUUUCUGAAUCCCCACACCUGCCAGAAAUGGUUAGGGACACAGAGAGCCCCUGGUCAAUAUCAAUACCUUAACUAUCAAUAUUAAUACCGUUGCCCACCAUUUAGGGGAUAGAUAGCCAUGACUUCCCAGUUGUUUAUUUUUUAAAUACCACACUCUCAUGAGGGACACAGGGGAAGACCACUGGGAGUCCCUUUACUAUUACUGUGUUAUGAUUGCCAUGCUGCCACUAAGGAGAUGCAGAUUAUUGACAGCUGAGCAGUUACAGGCAGUUCAACUCUUAAUCAAAAUGCUCAGGCAUUUUCAGGAAAAAGGGGAAGAGACUAUUAUUUACUCCAUCCCAACAUACUUGACCCCUUAUUGAUCUAUUUAACAGCAAUAGCAGCUGACUAGUGGUUAUUUAGCCCUUUUGAAGUCUUGCUUUUGACCCCCAUAUUGAUUUAUUUAAGUGAUGCCAGCGAGCUAGAAGUUGUUUAGUCCUUUUUUAUAUCUUACUCUUGACCACAUAUAUAUUUAUUUAAUAGGAAUAGUAGCUGGCUAGCGGUUAUCUAGUAUUUUGUAAUCCUUGCUGUGUUUAUGUGGUGCAUGGGUAGAGAAAAUACCAUACUUAUGUUUUAUAAAGAAAAAAAGAAAAAAAUUAAAAACAACAAUAAUAAAAAAUAAAUAAAUAUAUGUAUAUUUAUUAAUUUAUUUAUUUUGUAUUAUUGUUUUUAUAUGCCACUAUAUGCUAUAUGACUAUACCUCAUAUAUGCAGGAUAUCAGUAAAAAAAGGUGAGUUUAUUUUGUGGAUAAUAAUGGGCAAGGUCUGGUAGAAAUGUAUUGUGUUGAUAAAUAUGCACACCUGUACUUUAUAUGGGGAUACAUGGUUGUGCAAUGCUUAUUUUAAAGAGCACUUGUAUUGCCCAGAACUACUUUUGCUCUUUUAAAAACAAUCAUAACAUUUCAUCUAUACGUAGUGCUAGCAGUUUUCUUAGCAAAUGUAUAGAUUGGUUGAAAAACCUAAUUGAAAAUAUUUUUUUCUCCCACCUGUCAAUUAUAUCUUCGGCAUAGACUAUAUGCGAAUAACUGAUUGAUAGGGAGAGCAAAAAAAACACCUCUCACCUAUAGCAAUCACAGCGCAUGCUGACGUCCCUCUGGUCAGACGCUGGUAAUGAAGCCGGCAUUAUGAUGGAAGUAUGCCCUGUUGGGGAAGUUCUCAAAGCAGAGCAAAUCAGAGAAGACCACAUGAGGAGCCACGGAUGAAACUGGGGAAGUGUAACACCCACCUCUGUAAGGAGAACGCAGGGGGUGGAGCAAAGAGACAGCUAAGUGGUGGCAAAUUCCCUUUAAACCAAAGACUUGCAUAGAACAAGAUGUUUAACUCUAAUUUUCUUCAAGUAAAUACCUGAAUCACAAAUCUGGUGGUAACCGACUUAUGGUCACUGAUUAUUGCCAUUCUGAACCGUGUGCAUGAUUUAGUGAAUAACCAUUCAUUAACUUUUAUUUUUAGCUAUCUCUGAAUACCAUUCUACACCCAACAUUAGUUUUUAUUCUCUAAUUCAUGUACAAGCUAAUCAUUCUAUGUUUCAAAUAAAGGUUAGUCUUUAGAUUGUAUUUAUUUAUUUACAAAAAAUAAUUUGUCAGUGAAGGAGUUAAGCCAUUACUUAUCAUUAUGGACAUGUGAGACAAGCAGCAUUGUUAGUAAAGAUAAGAAUACCAAGGGAUGAGAAGUCAAGUAUUUUCUUUGAGUUUUGCCAUUAACCAACGAACAAUACAUAAUUGCACUCUUAUUCUAGGAAAGAAUGAAAAUCUCUCUUAGCAGCUAACAAGUAUAGUGCAGUAACUGGAAGAAAGACUUUGGAUAUUACUAUUUCAAUACUAUUUUCUGGUGUGUCUUUUAUAUAACAAGAAACUAGCUAGGUUCAUCACCUUGAUUCUCAAGGCAGACUACUUCAAGGGCUCGUUUAAAGGAUAUUUGUAUGAACUAAAAACGUACGGUGCUUUUAUCCAUGCAAAAUAUGUAAGAUGCACUAUAUAUUUAUUGCAAAUUUCUCUUACAUUCAUAAUUAAGGGCAGCUCAUUUAUUUUAAUGAUAUUUUACUUAAUCUCUCUCCGUGCUACAUCCUAGAAAAUGGACUAAAGUAGAUAUAUUUUGAAGCAUAUUAAAAAAAAACAAAAAACAUUAUACUGUAGAAACCAUAUUAGAUAAAAAAAAAUAUAGCCAUUGUUAUUAUGUUUCUUACAGGUGCUCUUGGCAAGUAGUUUUGUUCCUGUGUAUGCUGGUAUCAAGGCUGUGGAAUAUAAAGGAGAGGUAAUAAUGAAUAGCCAUUGUAUACAUGAUAUGUAUACAAUGGCCAAAGUGUAGUUAUUGAAAAAUGUUCUUUCAGCUUUGAAUUCGUAACAUUAUGAAUAAAUCACG